ACUCGUUCAGGUUAUGCCCGCGACCAGUGAUCAUUCCAGAAAAUGUUUUGGGCCGAAAUUGCAUAAUUCCGAGAUUGCGAGUCAUCGAUCGUCUGAAAUAUCUGGCGCGGGUUAAUAUGACGUCAUGUGCCAUAGAUACACGAUCUAUCUUUAUUACCCAAUAGAAAAGGGUGAAAUAGUCCAUGUGACACAGACUGACCAAUCGCAAGUCAACACAAAGCACCAUAUAAAAUACACACAAGCGUCGCAGCGUCAAUAUACUAGCUGAGACUUCCGCAGAUACUUCUCACUCCGAAAAGAACUUGUCAAUUUUUCCAGAAAAACUCUGAUUUAAAAGCCAGCAUGCAGAUCUUCGUCAAGACCCUCACAGGCAAGACCAUCACUCUUGAGGUUGAGCCAAGUGACACCAUCGAGAACGUAAAGGCAAAGAUUCAGGACAAGGAGGGCAUUCCCCCUGAUCAGCAGCGUCUCAUCUUCGCUGGCAAGCAACUCGAGGAUGGCCGCACUCUAUCAGACUACAACAUCCAGAAGGAAUCUACUCUCCAUCUUGUUCUCAGGCUCCGUGGAGGUAUGCAGAUCUUUGUCAAGACCCUCACAGGCAAGACCAUCACUCUUGAGGUUGAGCCCAGUGACACCAUCGAGAACGUAAAGGCAAAGAUUCAGGACAAGGAAGGCAUUCCCCCUGAUCAGCAGCGUCUUAUCUUUGCUGGCAAGCAACUCGAGGACGGCCGCACUCUGUCAGACUACAACAUCCAAAAGGAAUCUACUCUCCAUCUUGUUCUCAGGCUCCGUGGAGGUAUGCAGAUCUUCGUCAAGACCCUCACAGGCAAGACCAUCACUCUUGAGGUUGAGCCAAGUGACACCAUCGAGAAUGUCAAAGCAAAGAUUCAGGACAAAGAAGGCAUUCCCCCCGAUCAGCAGCGUCUUAUCUUCGCUGGCAAGCAACUCGAGGACGGCCGCACUCUGUCAGACUACAACAUCCAGAAGGAGUCAACUCUCCAUCUUGUUCUCAGGCUCCGUGGAGGUAUGCAGAUCUUCGUCAAAACCCUCACAGGCAAGACCAUCACUCUUGAGGUUGAGCCAAGUGACACCAUCGAGAAUGUUAAGGCAAAGAUUCAGGACAAAGAAGGCAUUCCCCCAGAUCAGCAGCGUCUCAUCUUCGCUGGCAAGCAACUCGAGGACGGCCGCACUCUGUCAGACUACAACAUCCAGAAGGAGUCAACUCUCCAUCUUGUUCUCAGGCUCCGUGGAGGUAUGCAGAUCUUCGUCAAGACCCUCACAGGCAAGACCAUCACUCUUGAGGUUGAGCCAAGCGACACCAUCGAGAACGUAAAGGCAAAGAUUCAGGACAAGGAGGGCAUUCCCCCUGAUCAGCAGCGUCUCAUCUUCGCUGGCAAGCAACUCGAGGAUGGCCGCACUCUAUCAGACUACAACAUCCAGAAGGAAUCUACUCUCCAUCUUGUUCUCAGGCUCCGUGGAGGUAUGCAGAUCUUUGUCAAGACCCUCACAGGCAAGACCAUCACUCUUGAGGUUGAGCCAAGUGACACCAUUGAGAAUGUAAAGGCAAAGAUUCAGGACAAGGAAGGCAUUCCCCCUGAUCAGCAGCGUCUCAUCUUCGCUGGCAAGCAACUUGAGGAUGGCCGCACUCUAUCAGACUACAACAUCCAGAAGGAAUCUACUCUCCAUCUUGUUCUCAGGCUGCGUGGAGGUAUGCAGAUCUUCGUCAAAACCCUCACAGGCAAGACCAUCACUCUUGAGGUUGAGCCAAGUGAUACCAUCGAGAAUGUCAAAGCAAAGAUUCAGGACAAAGAAGGCAUUCCCCCCGAUCAGCAGCGUCUCAUCUUCGCUGGCAAACAACUCGAGGACGGCCGCACUCUGUCAGACUACAACAUCCAGAAGGAGUCAACUCUCCAUCUUGUUCUCAGGCUCCGUGGAGGUAUGCAGAUCUUUGUCAAGACCCUUACAGGCAAGACCAUCACUCUUGAGGUUGAGCCAAGUGACACCAUCGAGAAUGUCAAAGCAAAAAUUCAGGACAAAGAAGGCAUUCCCCCCGAUCAGCAGCGUCUCAUCUUCGCUGGCAAGCAACUCGAGGACGGCCGUACUCUGUCAGACUACAACAUCCAGAAGGAGUCAACUCUCCAUCUUGUUCUCAGGCUCCGUGGAGGUAUGCAGAUCUUUGUCAAGACCCUUACAGGCAAGACCAUCACUCUUGAGGUUGAGCCAAGUGACACCAUCGAGAAUGUCAAAGCAAAGAUUCAGGACAAAGAAGGCAUUCCCCCCGAUCAGCAGCGUCUUAUCUUCGCUGGCAAGCAACUCGAGGACGGCCGCACUCUGUCAGACUACAACAUCCAGAAGGAAUCCACUCUCCAUCUUGUUCUCAGGCUCCGUGGUGGGCAAUAAGAUUUGACCCUGUAAAAGGUAUACUUCCCAUGUAAGACAUCCCUAGCCAAAAAUGAUAAGGAAACUUUCAAAUGUAAGGAUAUGACUUCAGUAUCACAACAUUAGAAAAUGGUAGAUAUUGAUGAAGAUGGUUCAUGUGCAUCAAACAUUAAUCCAAUUUCUUUCAUUUAUCUUCAAUAAAAGAAAAGAUGUUCACGUAUAGAACUUAAUAAAAGUUAUUUUUAUUGGAGUAAAUUCUGACAAAAAUAUUAACUUGCCCCUCAACCUUUGCUAUUUGACUCUUUACUAAAAAAUCAUUCAAAUAAUACAGAACUGUUUGCAAUCAUGGUCCUCAUUCUUUUUAGUUCCUGAAGUGUAUCAAAACAUUAAUUGGGCCCCCUGGCAAACUUUACAUGAUGCUAUUUUCAUUCUCUUUAUUUCAUUCCAGUGUAUUACCUAGGCUCCACACUAACUUUUUUACUUGGUGGCCCAAUCUGUCCACCAAAAUCAUCAAUUUCAUAAUUUUGGUGGCCCGCAUUGCAAAUUUGAUGGCCUGAAAACAAUAGAAAACAUUAGUUUAUCAAAACUUUGGUAGCAAGACCAAGUGUGGGUUUUCAAAAAAUUUUGUUGCCCGACACACAAUUUAAGUUGCCCCGGGCCACUGCUAAUGUCGAGCCCUGGUAUUACUUAGAAACUGUAUGUGACAUUCAAAAUCCAGAAGAAAGUUGAUAGAAGGUUAAAAUUAAAAGAAAUAUGCAAUAUGAAA